CGGCCCGGAUCUAAACCUCUCUUCGCAACCCUAGACGGCAAACACUGUCGUCGUUAUCCUUUAUUUAAGCUGGUAUAGGUUUUUCGAAACCCUCGACGCAGUGCGCUGCUUCUCAACCGUUCGAGUGAAGAAACUGCUACAGCUGAGGCCGAUCUAAUGGGGGCGUACAAGUACGUGUCGGAGCUAUGGAGGAAAAAGCAAUCCGAUGUGAUGAGUUUCUUGCAGCGGGUGAGGUGCUGGGAGUUCCGCCAGCAUCCGUCCAUUGUUCGUGUUACGAGGCCCACUCGCCCCGAUAAGGCUCGCCGAUUGGGUUACAAGGCCAAGCAGGGUUAUGUGAUUUAUCGCGUCCGUGUUAGGCGUGGUGGUAGAAAGAGGCCUGUUUCGAAGGGUAUUGUGUAUGGAAAGCCCACAAACCAGGGUGUUACUCAACUGAAGUUUCAGCGCAGCAAGAGGUCAGUUGCAGAGGAGCGUGCUGGCAGAAAGUUGGGAGGUCUCAGGGUUCUCAACUCUUACUGGAUCAAUGAGGAUUCUACUUACAAGUAUUAUGAAGUAAUACUUGUUGAUGUUGCACACAAUGCCAUCCGCAAUGAUCCAAGGAUCAAUUGGCUCUGCAAUCCUGUGCACAAACACAGGGAGCUCCGUGGCCUUACUUCUGCCGGGAAAAAGUACAGGGGUCUACGUGGAAAGGGGCACACACACCACAAGGCACGCCCUUCUCGCAGAGCAACCUGGAAAAGGAACAACACACUGUCACUUCGUCGCUAUCGCUAGACUGUUCUUGGUGUUUUAUUAUUUGCUGGGUUUUGUUUGGAAGACUUUGUGGUUGGUAUUUAGAGUCUGGAAUUCUCGAAAGCGUAUUAGUGUGUUCUGUCUUGAAACCUUGUGCUCUGAGUUGUUACUAGUUUUAAUGGAUUAUGAAUUGCAUCAAGUAUUUCGAGUUUUUAAGUAGCCUGAAGACUUGUUUUAAGACC